AUGUCUACUCUCCUGGAAAACAUCACUGCCAUCAUUGAACUUUUCCAUCAAUAUUCACAAAAAGAUAAAGACACCGACACACUAAGCAAACAAGAGCUGAAGGAACUGCUGGAGACGGAGUUUCGGACAAUUCUAAAGAACCCAGAUGACCCAGAUACCGCUGAUGUAUUCAUGGAAAUCCUGGACAUAGACCACAAUGAAAAAAUAGAUUUCACAGAGUUUUUACUGAUGAUAUUCAAGUUGGCGCAAGCUUAUUACCAGUCCACCAAGAGACAGAACUUCCACACAUCAGGGCGAAAGGAGCAGCAAGGACAGGCACAGCGAGCCGGAGGCUCCCGCUACUACCACCUCUACCAGGUCUCCCAGCACCAGCAGCCCGAGGCAGCCCACGAGCGCCAGCGAUCCGGCACCAGGACCGAUCAGGGAGCCCACCACCAACAGCAACAGCAGGGCUCCCGGCACACGCAGACCCACGAGGCUCAGGAUUCUGCUCGUGGACAGCACGAGACCAGCCAGGGGCGCUCCGGCUCCAGAGGAAGACAGGGCACCCGCCACCAGCAGGCCCAGGACAGCGCCAGGCACUCCGAGUCCCCCGAGGCCCACACCUCCUCUCAGGGACACUCAGCAGCCAGCAGAGGAGGCAGGCAGGGCCAGCGCCACGAGCAGUCACCAGACACCUCUGCUCGCUCCGGGUCUCACCAACGGGAAGGCUCCAGCCACACCCGGUCCCAGUCCCAGUCGGCCCAUGGCCACUCUGAUGCCGCAGGCCGCGGCAGACAAGGGUCCAGCCACGGACAGCACACAGACAGCUCCAGACACUCAGGCUCGCGUCGUGCCCAGCCUGAAGCCUCCCACGGGCAGUCAAGACACAGCCAGAGGGGAAGGCACGAGCAGUCUCCCGACAGCGCCACACACUCGGACGCCGAACACGGACACUCCACCUCCAGGACACAGAGACACCAGAGACCCAGCUCUGGUCAGGCCAACGACAGCGAGGGCCAUUCUGAAGACUCGGCCAGGCACACCGCAGCCACCCAGGGCCGCCCUGCGUCCGGCUCCCGCAGCCAGCAGGGCCAGGGGCAUGGCCACUCGGCUGACAGCUCCCGGCACCAGGGGCAGCCCAGUGCACACAGGCAGCGCGACUCCAGUGUCAGCCAGGCCAGCGACAGCGAGGGCCAGUCCGUAGACUCGGGCAGCGAGGCAGGCUCGGCCCACGCACAAGGCCACUCUUCCUCUGCACACAGGGAGCAGCAAGGACAGGCACAGCGAGCCGGAGGCUCCCGCUACUACCACCUCUACCAGGUCUCCCAGCACCAGCAGCCCGAGGCAGCCCACGAGCGCCAGCGAUCCGGCACCAGGACCGAUCAGGGAGCCCACCACCAACAGCAACAGCAGGGCUCCCGGCACACGCAGACCCACGAGGCUCAGGAUUCUGCUCGUGGACAGCACGAGACCAGCCAGGGGCGCUCCGGCUCCAGAGGAAGACAGGGCACCCGCCACCAGCAGGCCCAGGACAGCGCCAGGCACUCCGAGUCCCCCGAGGCCCACACCUCCUCUCAGGGACACUCAGCAGCCAGCAGAGGAGGCAGGCAGGGCCAGCGCCACGAGCAGUCACCAGACACCUCUGCUCGCUCCGGGUCUCACCAACGGGAAGGCUCCAGCCACACCCGGUCCCAGUCCCAGUCGGCCCAUGGCCACUCUGAUGCCGCAGGCCGCGGCAGACAAGGGUCCAGCCACGGACAGCACACAGACAGCUCCAGACACUCAGGCUCGCGUCGUGCCCAGCCUGAAGCCUCCCACGGGCAGUCAAGACACAGCCAGAGGGGAAGGCACGAGCAGUCUCCCGACAGCGCCACACACUCGGACGCCGAACACGGACACUCCACCUCCAGGACACAGAGACACCAGAGACCCAGCUCUGGUCAGGCCAGCGACAGCGAGGGCCAUUCUGAAGACUCGACCAGGCACACCGCAGCCACCCAGGGCCGCCCUGCGUCCGGCUCCCGCAGCCAGCAGGGCCAGGGGCACGGCCACUCGGCUGACAGCUCCCGGCACCAGGGGCAGCCCAGUGCACACAGGCAGCGCGACUCCAGUGUCAGCCAGGCCAGCGACAGCGAGGGCCAGUCCGUAGACUCGGGCAGCGAGGCAGGCUCGGCCCACGCACAAGGCCACUCUUCCUCUGCACACAGGGAGCAGCAAGGACAGGCACAGCGAGCCGGAGGCUCCCGCUACUACUACCUCUACCAGGUCUCCCAGCACCAGCAGCCCGAGGCAGCCCACGAGCGCCAGCGAUCCGGCACCAGGACCGAUCAGGGAGCCCACCACCAACAGCAACAGCAGGGCUCCCGGCACACGCAGACCCACGAGGCUCAGGAUUCUGCUCGUGGACAGCACGAGACCAGCCAGGGGCGCUCCGGCUCCAGAGGAAGACAGGGCACCCGCCACCAGCAGGCCCAGGACAGCGCCAGGCACUCCGAGUCCCCCGAGGCCCACACCUCCUCUCAGGGACACUCAGCAGCCAGCAGAGGAGGCAGGCAGGGCCAGCGCCACGAGCAGUCACCAGACACCUCUGCUCGCUCCGGGUCUCACCAACGGGAAGGCUCCAGCCACACCCGGUCCCAGUCCCAGUCGGCCCAUGGCCACUCUGAUGCCGCAGGCCGCGGCAGACAAGGGUCCAGCCACGGACAGCACACAGACAGCUCCAGACACUCAGGCUCGCGUCGUGCCCAGCCUGAAGCCUCCCACGGGCAGUCAAGACACAGCCAGAGGGGAAGGCACGAGCAGUCUCCCGACAGCGCCACACACUCGGACGCCGAACACGGACACUCCACCUCCAGGACACAGAGACACCAGAGACCCAGCUCUGGUCAGGCCAGCGACAGCGAGGGCCAUUCUGAAGACUCGGCCAGGCACACCGCAGCCACCCAGGGCCGCCCUGCGUCCGGCUCCCGCAGCCAGCAGGGCCAGGGGCACGGCCACUCGGCUGACAGCUCCCGGCACCAGGGGCAGCCCAGUGCACACAGGCAGCGCGACUCCAGUGUCAGCCAGGCCAGCGACAGCGAGGGCCAGUCCGUAGACUCGGGCAGCGAGGCAGGCUCGGCCCACGCACAAGGCCACUCUUCCUCUGCACACAGGGAGCAGCAAGGACAGGCACAGCGAGCCGGAGGCUCCUGCUACUACUACCUCUACCAGGUCUCCCAGCACCAGCAGCCCGAGGCAGCCCACGAGCGCCAGCGAUCCGGCACCAGGACCGAUCAGGGAGCCCACCACCAACAGCAACAGCAGGGCUCCCGGCACACGCAGACCCACGAGGCUCAGGAUUCUGCUCGUGGACAGCACGAGACCAGCCAGGGGCGCUCCGGCUCCAGAGGAAGACAGGGCACCCGCCACCAGCAGGCCCAGGACAGCGCCAGGCACUCCGAGUCCCCCGAGGCCCACACCUCCUCUCAGGGACACUCAGCAGCCAGCAGAGGAGGCAGGCAGGGCCAGCGCCACGAGCAGUCACCAGACACCUCUGCUCGCUCCGGGUCUCACCAACGGGAAGGCUCCAGCCACACCCGGUCCCAGUCCCAGUCGGCCCAUGGCCACUCUGAUGCCGCAGGCCGCGGCAGACAAGGGUCCAGCCACGGACAGCACACAGACAGCUCCAGACACUCAGGCUCGCGUCGUGCCCAGCCUGAAGCCUCCCACGGGCAGUCAAGACACAGCCAGAGGGGAAGGCACGAGCAGUCUCCCGACAGCGCCACACACUCGGACGCCGAACACGGACACUCCACCUCCAGGACACAGAGACACCAGAGACCCAGCUCUGGUCAGGCCAGCGACAGCGAGGGCCAUUCUGAAGACUCGGCCAGGCACACCGCAGCCACCCAGGGCCGCCCUGCGUCCGGCUCCCGCAGCCAGCAGGGCCAGGGGCACGGCCACUCGGCUGACAGCUCCCGGCACCAGGGGCAGCCCAGUGCACACAGGCAGCGCGACUCCAGUGUCAGCCAGGCCAGCGACAGCGAGGGCCAGUCCGUAGACUCGGGCAGCGAGGCAGGCUCGGCCCACGCACAAGGCCACUCUUCCUCUGCACACAGGGAGCAGCAAGGACAGGCACAGCGAGCCGGAGGCUCCUGCUACUACUACCUCUACCAGGUCUCCCAGCACCAGCAGCCCGAGGCAGCCCACGAGCGCCAGCGAUCCGGCACCAGGACCGAUCAGGGAGCCCACCACCAACAGCAACAGCAGGGCUCCCGGCACACGCAGACCCACGAGGCUCAGGAUUCUGCUCGUGGACAGCACGAGACCAGCCAGGGGCACUCCGGCUCCAGAGGAAGACAGGGCACCCGCCACCAGCAGGCCCAGGACAGCGCCAGGCACUCCGAGUCCCCCGAGGCCCACACCUCCUCUCAGGGACACUCAGCAGCCAGCAGAGGAGGCAGGCAGGGCCAGCGCCACGAGCAGUCACCAGACACCUCUGCUCGCUCCGGGUCUCACCAACGGGAAGGCUCCAGCCACACCCGGUCCCAGUCCCAGUCGGCCCAUGGCCACUCUGAUGCCGCAGGCCGCGGCAGACAAGGGUCCAGCCACGGACAGCACACAGACAGCUCCAGACACUCAGGCUCGCGUCGUGCCCAGCCUGAAGCCUCCCACGGGCAGUCAAGACACAGCCAGAGGGGAAGGCACGAGCAGUCUCCCGACAGCGCCACACACUCGGACGCCGAACACGGACACUCCACCUCCAGGACACAGAGACACCAGAGACCCAGCUCUGGUCAGGCCAGCGACAGCGAGGGCCAUUCUGAAGACUCGGCCAGGCACACCGCAGCCACCCAGGGCCGCCCUGCGUCCGGCUCCCGCAGCCAGCAGGGCCAGGGGCACGGCCACUCGGCUGACAGCUCCCGGCACCAGGGGCAGCCCAGUGCACACAGGCAGCGCGACUCCAGUGUCAGCCAGGCCAGCGACAGCGAGGGCCAGUCCGUAGACUCGGGCAGCGAGGCAGGCUCGGCCCACGCACAAGGCCACUCUUCCUCUGCACACAGGGAGCAGCAAGGACAGGCACAGCAAGCCGGAGGCUCCCGCUACUACCACCUCUACCAGGUCUCCCAGCACCAGCAGCCCGAGGCAGCCCACGAGCGCCAGCGAUCCGGCACCAGGACCGAUCAGGGAGCCCACCACCAACAGCAACAGCAGGGCUCCCGGCACACGCAGACCCACGAGGCUCAGGAUUCUGCUCGUGGACAGCACGAGACCAGCCAGGGGCGCUCCGGCUCCAGAGGAAGACAGGGCACCCGCCACCAGCAGGCCCAGGACAGCGCCAGGCACUCCGAGUCCCCCGAGGCCCACACCUCCUCUCAGGGACACUCAGCAGCCAGCAGAGGAGGCAGGCAGGGCCAGCGCCACGAGCAGUCACCAGACACCUCUGCUCGCUCCGGGUCUCACCAACGGGAAGGCUCCAGCCACACCCGGUCCCAGUCCCAGUCGGCCCAUGGCCACUCUGAUGCCGCAGGCCGCGGCAGACAAGGGUCCAGCCACGGACAGCACACAGACAGCUCCAGACACUCAGGCUCGCGUCGUGCCCAGCCUGAAGCCUCCCACGGGCAGUCAAGACACAGCCAGAGGGGAAGGCACGAGCAGUCUCCCGACAGCGCCACACACUCGGACGCCGAACACGGACACUCCACCUCCAGGACACAGAGACACCAGAGACCCAGCUCUGGUCAGGCCAGCGACAGCGAGGGCCAUUCUGAAGACUCGACCAGGCACACCGCAGCCACCCAGGGCCGCCCUGCGUCCGGCUCCCGCAGCCAGCAGGGCCAGGGGCACGGCCACUCGGCUGACAGCUCCCGGCACCAGGGGCAGCCCAGUGCACACAGGCAGCGCGACUCCAGUGUCAGCCAGGCCAGCGACAGCGAGGGCCAGUCCGUAGACUCGGGCAGCGAGGCAGGCUCGGCCCACGCACAAGGCCACUCUUCCUCUGCACACAGGGAGCAGCAAGGACAGGCACAGCGAGCCGGAGGCUCCUGCUACUACUACCUCUACCAUGUCUCCCAGCACCAGCAGCCCGAGGCAGCCCACGAGCGCCAGCGAUCCGGCACCAGGACCGAUCAGGGAGCCCACCACCAACAGCAACAGCAGGGCUCCCGGCACACGCAGACCCACGAGGCUCAGGAUUCUGCUCGUGGACAGCACGAGACCAGCCAGGGGCGCUCCGGCUCCAGAGGAAGACAGGGCACCCGCCACCAGCAGGCCCAGGACAGCGCCAGGCACUCCGAGUCCCCCGAGGCCCACACCUCCUCUCAGGGACACUCAGCAGCCAGCAGAGGAGGCAGGCAGGGCCAGCGCCACGAGCAGUCACCAGACACCUCUGCUCGCUCUGGAUCCCGUCAACCUCAUACAUCUCCCCAUGGAAGCUCAGAUUCUGCCCACCACAGGUCAGAAUCCAGAGGCCCAUGUAUGGAUCCAGUCUUGGUUGGAGACAUGGAAGCUAUGGGAGUGCGGAUUAUGAAUAUGCUCCUACAAAGUAUUAUCACUACCAUCGAUGUUUUCUACCAAUAUGCCAUCCAGAAUGGGGAGUGUGACAUGUUGAACAAGACAGAGCUGAAAGAACUUUUGGAAAAUGAGUUUCACCAAAUUCUGAAGAAUCCAGAUGAUCCAGAUACUGUAGAUGUCAUCAUGCAAAGUCUGGAUCGAGACCAUAACAAGAAAGUGAGUUUUACUGAGUAUCUUCUGAUGAUAUACAGGUUAGCUCAUGCUUGUAAUAAAAUCAUUGGCAAGGAUUACUGCCAAGCUUCAGGGUCAAAGCAAAGAGAUCACAGCCACCAGCACCAAGAGGAACAGAGUGAAACAGAGGACAGAGAAGAAAAUAAGCAAGAAUCCUCUUCUAGAUAUUCAAGUUCAAGUGCAGGAGAGAAGGACUCCUAUUUCAGGGGCUCCAGAGGAAAAAACAGAAACAAACUGAGGUCCAGCUCUAGAAAACUGGGACAUGAAAGAGGCUUGUCUAGAUCUGGACAUAGGCAAAGCUCUGAAGAAAGGACAGAUUCAAGUUUGGACCACUUCAAGAAUAGUGAGAAAAACAAGCAUGGCUCUCAACAGCAAGAUGAAUCUGAGAGGCACACGUGCUGCACUCAUGAAUCUGGUUCAGGUCAGAACUAUCAAAACAGAAGGCAUGAAACAAACACUACAUAUCAAUCUGGACACUGUGAAAAAGAGGGAUAUUGUUCUACUUCAAGUGAGCACUCUGGUUAUGGAAAACAUAGGUCUCCCUCAGGCCAGUCUUCCAGUCAAAGAACACAGGAAUCCAACUCAAGCGGUACAUCCAGAAACUGGGGACAGCAAAAACACAGAUCUGGGUCAGGAAGAUCCUCAAGUUUUGAAGAAUAUGGGUCUGGCUUAGGUCAAUCCACAAGUAAUGGACAAAACAGUUCUACAUCAAGACAGUCAUCCUGCUGUGGCCAACAUGGAUCCAGCUCAGGACAAUCUUCAGGCUGUGGUCAACAAGGAUCUGGCUUAGGCCAAUCAUCUAGUUAUGGACAUCACAGUUCAACAUCAGGACAGUCGUGCUGUGGCCAACAUGGAUCCAGCUCAGGACAGUCUUUCAGCUAUGGUCAGCAUGGGUCUGGGUCAAGUCAAUCUUCUAGUUAUGGCCAACAUGGAUCUAGUUCCAGGCAGUCUUCUAGCCACAGACAACAGGGCUUUGAAUCAGGUCAACCCUCUGGCUUUGGGCAACAAGCAUCCAGAUCAAGACAAUCUUCUGGCUCUAGUCAACAAGGAUCUGGUUUAAGCCAAUCCUCCAGUUAUGGACAACAUGGUUCAACAACAGGACAGUCGUGCUGUGGUCAACAUGGGUCCAGCUCAGGACAGUCUUCCAACUAUGGUCAGCAAGGAUCUGGCUUCAACCAGUCAUCUAGCUAUGACCAACAUGGGUCUGCUUCAGGCCAGUUUCCCAGCCACAGGAGACAUGGUUCCGGCACAAGAGAAUCCUCUGGUUUUAGCCAGCAUGAAUCCAGCUUAGGACAGUCUGGCUCUGGAUCAGGUCAGUCUUUCAGGUAUGGCCAACAUGGGUCUGGAUCAAGCCAGUCUUCUAGCCACAGCCAACAAGGGUCAGGUCUAGGUCAAUCUUCCAGAUAUGGACAACAUGUGUCUGGAUCAAGCCAGUCUUCUAGCCACAGCCAACAAGGGUCAGGUCUAGGUCAGUCUUCCAGGUAUGGCCAACAUGGGUCUGGAUCAAGCCAGUCUUCUAGCCACAGCCAACAAGGGUCAGGUCUAGGUCAGUCUUCCAGGUAUGGACGACAUGGGUCUGGAUCAAGCCAGUCUUCUAGCCACAGCCAACAAGGGUCAGGUCUAGGUCAAUCUUCCAGGUAUGGACGACAUGGGUCUGGAUCAAGCCAGUCUUCUAGCCACAGCCAACAAGGGUCAGGUCUAGGUCAGUCUUCCAGGUAUGGACGACAUGGGUCUGGAUCAAGCCAGUCUUCUAGCCACAGCCAACAAGGGUCAGGUCUAGGUCAGUCUUCCAGGUAUGGACGACAUAGCUCUGGCUCAAGUCAAUCAUCUAGCCAUAGUCAACAAGGGUCAGGUCUAGGUCAGUCUUCAAGAUAUGGCCAACAUGGGUCUGGAUCAAGCCAGUCUUCUGGCUUUGGGCAAAAUCAGUCUGGCUUAGGUCAAUCCUCUGGCCAUGGUCAGCUGGGAUCUGGCUCAAGUCAAUCUAGUACUCACUGGCAACAGUCUCAAUCACAACAAUCUUCUGGGUUCAGCCCACAAAGGUCAGGAUCAGGUCAGUCUUCUGGUUAUGGGCAACAAGGAUCUGGCUUUAGCCAGUCUUCUAGUUAUGGACAACAUGGUUCAACAACAGGACAGUCAUCAUGUUGUGGCCAACAUGGAUCUAGCUCAGGGGAGACUCCUAGCUACGACCAACAUGGGUCUGCUUCAGGCCAGCUUCACAGCCACAUGAGACAUAGGUCUAGCUCAAGAGAAUCCUCUAGCUUUAGUCAGCAUGAAUCUGGCUUAGGUCAGUCUGCCAGGCAUGGUCAGCAAGGGUAUGGCUCUAAUCAAUCUUCUAACCACAGCCAACAAGGGUCAGGACUAGGUCAGUCUUCCAGAUAUGGUCAGCAUGGGUCUGGAUCAAGCCAGUCUUCUGGCUUUGGGCAAAAUCAGCAUGGCUUAGGUCAAUCCUCUGGCCAUGGUCAGCUGGGAUCUGGUUCCAAUCAAUCUUCUUGCCACAGCCGACAAGAGUCUCAAUCACAACAAUCUUCUGGGUUCAGCCCACAAAGGUCAGGAUCAGGUCAGUCUUCUGGUUAUGGGCAACAAGGAUCUGGUUUAAGCCAAUCCUCCAGUUAUGGACAACAUGGUUCAACAACAGGUCAUUCGUGCUGUGGUCAACAUGGGUCCAGUUCAGGACAGUCUUCCAACUAUGGUCAGCAAGGAUCUGGCUUCAAUCAGUCAUCUAACUACGACCAACAUGGGUCUGCUUCAAGCCAGUUUUCCAGCCACAGGAGACAUGGUUCUGGCACAAGAGAAUCCUCUGGUUUUAGCCAGCAUGAAUCCAGUUUAGGUCAGUCUGGCUCUGGAUCAGGCCGGUCUUCCAGGUAUGACCGACAUGGGUCUGGAUCAAGUCAAUCCUCUAGCCAUAGUCAACAAGGGUCAGGUCUAGGUCAGUCUUCCAGAUAUGGCCAGCGUGGGCCUGGCUCCGGUCAUUCUUCUGGCUUUGGGCAAAAUCAGUCUGGCUUAGGUCAAUCCUCUGGCCAUGGUCAGCUGGGAUCUGGUUCCAAUCAAUCUUCUUGCCACAGCCGACAAGAGUCUCAAUCACAACAAUCUUCUGGGUUCAGCCCACAAAGGUCAGGAUCAGGUCAGUCUUCUGGUUAUGGGCAGCAAGGUUCUGGUUUAAGCCAAUCAUCUAGUUAUGGACAUCACAGUUCAACAUCAGGACAGUCGUGCUGUGGCCAACAUGGAUCCAGCUCAGGACAGUCUUUCAGCUAUGGUCAGCAUGGGUCUGGGUCAAGUCAAUCUUCUAGUUAUGGCCAACAUGGAUCUAGUUCCAGGCAGUCUUCUAGCCACAGACAACAGGGCUUUGAAUCAGGUCAGCCCUCUGGCUUUGGGCAACAAGCAUCCAGAUCAAGACAAUCUUCUGGCUCUAGUCAACAAGGAUCUGGUUUAAGCCAAUCCUCCAGUUAUGGACAACAUGGUUCAACAACAGGACAGUCGUGCUGUGGUCAACAUGGGUCCAGCUCAGGACAGUCUUCCAACUAUGGUCAGCAAGGAUCUGGCUUCAACCAGUCAUCUAGCUAUGACCAACAUGGGUCUGCUUCAGGCCAGUUUCCCAGCCACAGGAGACAUGGUUCCGGCACAAGAGAAUCCUCUGGUUUUAGCCAGCAUGAAUCCAGCUUAGGACAGUCUGGCUCUGGAUCAGGUCAGUCUUUCAGGUAUGGCCAACAUGGGUCUGGAUCAAGCCAGUCUUCUAGCCACAGCCAACAAGGGUCAGGUCUAGGUCAAUCUUCCAGAUAUGGACAACAUGGGUCUGGAUCAAGCCAGUCUUCUAGCCACAGCCAACAAGGGUCAGGUCUAGGUCAGUCUUCCAGGUAUGGACGACAUGGGUCUGGAUCAAGCCAGUCUUCUAGCCACAGCCAACAAGGGUCAGGUCUAGGUCAGUCUUCCAGGUAUGGCCAACAUGGGUCUGGAUCAAGCCAGUCUUUUAGCCACAGCCAACAAGGGUCAGGUCUAGGUCAAUCUUCCAGGUAUGGCCAACAUGGGUCUGGAUCAAGCCAGUCUUCUAGCCACAGCCAACAAGGGUCAGGUCUAGGUCAGUCUUCCAGGUAUGGACGACAUGGGUCUGGAUCAAGCCAGUCUUCUAGCCACAGCCAACAAGGGUCAGGUCUAGGUCAGUCUUCCAGGUAUGGACGACAUGGGUCUGGAUCAAGCCAGUCUUCUAGCCACAGCCAACAAGGGUCAGGUCUAGGUCAGUCUUCCAGAUAUGGCCAACAUGGGUCUGGAUCAAGCCAGUCUUCUGGCUUUGGGCAAAAUCAGUCUGGCUUAGGUCAAUCCUCUGGCCAUGGUCAGCUGGGAUCUGGCUCAAGUCAAUCUUGCCACAGCCGACAACAGUCUCAGUCACAACAAUCUUCUGGGUUCAGCCCACAAAGGUCAGGAUCAGGUCAGUCUUCUGGUUAUGGGCAACAAGGAUCUGGCUCAGGCCAAUCUUCUCAUUCUAGUCAACAUGGAUCUGGCUUCAGCCAGUCUUCUAGUUAUGGACAACGUGGUUCAACAACAGGACAGCCGUGCUGUGGCCAGUCUUCCAGCUAUGGUCAACAUGAAUAUGGUUCAAGUAAGCCUUCUAGUUAUGGUGGAUGUAGUUCAGGAUCAGGUAAUUCUUCCUGCCACAGUGAACAGGGCACUACUUCAGGUCAGUCUACAGGUUAUGGUCAACCUGGAUCUUUUUCAGGUCAUUAUUCUAGCCACAGCCAACAUGUAUCUGGGUCACAUCAGUGUCCUAACUAUGAGCAAUGUGGAUCCGGCCCAUGUUCAUCAUCAAGUUCUGAACAAUAUGGUUCUGGUUAUGCUCAGGACAGUAUAGUUCCGGAUCUGGUCAGUGUUCUGGCUCUGAACAAUGUGGAGCUGCUUCUUGCCCCUCAUCAAGUUCCAGACAAUAUGGAUCUGGCUCAUGUCCCUCAAGCUCAGGACAGUAUAUUUCUGGAUCCAGUCAGUGUUCUAGCUCUCAACAAUAUAUGUCUGGCUCAAGAGGAAGAUGGGAAUCUAGAUGUAGACAUUCAAACUGUAGUGAAGGGCAACCAAAACACAAUUAUAGAGAAGUAG